GGAAAGUCCUGGCAAGGCUUGCAUUCAUUUGUACAUUGAUUUGGUAUUUUAUUCUUCGUUCAAGCGGCUUCUGAUACACGGCGCAUCCGCCAACGUAUCGCAGAGCUAUUGUAGCUCUAAUGAAGAGGCUGAAGCUCCUGCGAUGGAGCGGUAAUGUACUUUCGCCUCGGACGAGACCCGAAUCUUCUCAACUCCCUUUCUACAAUUUUCGAAGAUGUCAAGCUACGGCCGCCAUCCCCUCCGAAUCUCAUGACCAGCUGGUCGACAACAUCGAAGACACUCGUUAUCUCCCUGAAGAGAUACUCACGAGACUGCCCUCGCCUCCGGUCACAGCGGCGAAGACUUCUGCCAAGCUUGCUGCUCUGCACGCUCGACUUUCUCUGCCUUCACGACUUCCUCUUGAGACGUUAGCGAGAACGCUGGUCGACGAGUCCGCCGAUCCCUCAACCCGAUUCAACAACAAGUCAUUCGCUGUGCUUGGUAAUGAUUUGCUUGGAUACUACACUUCUGAAUACAUAUUAAGCCAAUACCCGAGAUUACCGAUGGCCGUCGUGUUUGCAGCGAUGUAUGCUUACCAUGGUCCGGCGACACUGUCAAUGCUCGCAAGAGAAUGGGGUGUAGACGCAGCGGCGGCGCCGGGUGGUGAGGUGGAUCCAGGCUUGCUCCAGUUCAAAAGGCUCCCGCCUCAACCAAACCCCGAUCACCGGACACCGCAAAUAAUCGAAACGCGGGAGCAAGGCGAGUCAUUCCGGCGAACAAUGAGCUCAAGAACGGUCUACGAUGAUCAGUUUGGUGAACGCAAAGAGCGCGGUGAGGAUCUGGCGCAGAAAGGCGUCACUCUAGAAAAGGCCGCGACCAACUUUGUUCGGGCAGUAUUUGGUGCAGUAUAUUUACAUGCUGGAAGGGCAACUGCGAAACAAUUCUACAACGAUCACAUAACCUCUCGGCAAGUCAACAUGGCUAGCCUUUUCCAGAUCAAGACUCCAACCAAGGACUUGAGCCGACUUUGUGCUAGAGAGGGCUUCCAGGCGCCGGUGGCCAAGAUUCUCAGUGAGACGGGUCGGAAGAGCAGGACACCGGUCUUCGUAGUCGGAAUCUAUUCCGGCGGCGACUUGCUUGGAGAAGGGGCAGGCGCCAGUCUGGAUGAAGCCAGAACACGAGCGGCAGUAACAGCACUCAAAGGAUGGUAUCUUUACAGCCCGACCGAGUUCCGGUUGCCUAGCGAGAUGGAAGAACCAGGAGCUAAGCCGUGGACACCGAUGAUGGUCGACGCGGGGGAGAUCGCCAAUUGAGGUCAAUCUUUGACUUGUAAUUUACGGAGUACCUCAUUGUCAUUCGAGGUGUACUUUUAUCAUCUGCUGCCCGGCUGCGGCGACCAAAGCGUGGCAUUUCCGGGAGUGUGGGGGAAAAAGGGCCAACAGGAGGUCCAGUGACUAUUGUGUAGGUCAUCGAGUUUCAAUGCACAUAUGGUAUCCAUGUCCUCUCAAGAAGGCUUUCCCGGGUGCUCCACCAGUGGCCAUGUGGAAUAGCGCAGAACUGGACGGCCUUCUAGAUGGUGCCCUGUUGUUCGCGCGAACCUGAAC